ACGAAGCCUCACCAGAGCUGCCAUAGGUGGAAUGCAACGAGAAAAACUUCAGAUGUCUAGUGUGAACAUUACUUCUGGAAGAAUCGCUAAAAUCGACUUUAAAAAGAGUCUCAUUCCGUCUCCAAUCUCCUUGAGACCCUCUUCGGCAACCUUUCCGAAACAGCGGACGGAUCCAACGUUAAAACAACCAAUUGGAACUUUUUCGCCGAAAGCUUCAAAUAGGGAAGCCGGAAGAUUAUCCCUGCAUGAAAAAUCCAAAAUACCUACGAUACAGCACAAAGAUUCCUCAUUCCACCGGAAAGCGGAAAAUACUCGACCGGCAUCCGCAUCGCGAUUUCCACUGAGAUCCACUUGGAUACAAAACACAAGUUUCGAUCAACAACUGAGACCGCCGUUCACCGGAACUCGUCCAGGCGUUAUUCCCAAAAUUGUACCAGCAGCGAAGCCAACCCCGACUGCCCCUACUAGACCUAUAAAGACGCCUCCGUUCGAUUUUCCCGUCGUCCCAGAUCCGCAGAUCAUUUCAGUCGAACCACAAUCCAAAUUACCGUUGCCUCAAACGACUUUGGGAGAAAGUGUGAUCCCAACGCCGGAUGGAGAUGCCGUCGAUGUCGGGUUGGGCACAAACAAACAGAAAGUGGAUGCACCUUCAAAACGAGCCGAGUCUCUAUUACAGACGAGUUCUUCGCACCUAUCGUUUUUCACCUCGUGUUGCGCCACAUUCUCCGGAUUUAUAGGACUAAUACAAACUACGGAACCACCCAGAUCCAUUUUGCUGAUCGCUUUGCGAAAGAUACGAUCGGUAACUAUGCCAUCGAUGUAGAAAAAUGAAAAUUC